CAGCUGCGUGUUCAGAGGCACCUGUGCAUGAGGAGAAGUUUGUUCUAUGGCCUCGGAGCUGGGUGCCAGGGAGGAUGGCAGCUGCUCAGAGCUGGCAAAACCCCUUUACCUGCAAUAUCUGGAGAAAGCUCUGCAACUGGAUCAGUUUUUACGACAGACGUCUGCCAUCUUUAACAGGAGUAUAUCCAGUGAUGAAAGUGAAGAUGGAUUGGAUGACAAUCCUUUACUGCCUCAGCCUGGGGAUCCCCUGAUGCAAGUUAAGGAAGAGCCUCCAAACUCUUUCCUUGGGGAGUCUUCUGGAGCAGGGAAUUCCGGGAUGCUGAACACACAUUCCUUGAAUGGGGUACUGCAGCCAGAACCAAAGUCUGAAAAAGGGAGCUUGUAUAACUUUUCCAAACUGAAGAAAAGCAGAAAGUGGCUGAAGAGCAUCCUUCUGAGCGAUGACUCCAGUGACACAGAUUCACCAAGUGAUGAGGACGGAGAUGAAGAAGAAUUUUCUCUUUCAAGGGAGGAACUUCACAAUAUGCUGCGAUUACACAAAUACAAGAAACUGCAUCAAAGCAAAUAUAGCAAAGACAAAGAGUUGCAGCAGUACCAGUACUACAGUGCAGGGCUGCUGUCUACACAUGAUCCUUACUACGAGCAGCAGCGCCACCUGCUAGGGCCCAAGAAAAAGAAGUUUAAAGAAGAGAAAAAAUUAAAAGGCAAGUUGAAAAAAGUAAAGAAAAAGAGGAGACGGGAUGAAGAACUCUCUUCAGAGGAGUCACCACGACACCACCAUCACCAGACCAAAGUUUUUGCCAAGUUUUCUCAUGAUACACCGCCACCUGGGUCCAAGAAAAAGCAUUUGACUAUUGAGCAACUUAAUGCACGUCGGCGGAAGGUGUGGCUUAGCAUCGUUAAAAAGGAGUUGCCAAAGGCAUACAAGCAAAAAGCCUCAGCCCGCAACCUUUUCCUAACCAACAGCAAAAAGCUUGCCCAUCAGUGCAUGCGGGAGGUACGUCGAGCUGCUAUCCAAGCUCAGAAAAACUGUAAGGAAACUCUACCACGGGCGCGUCGUCUUACCAAGGAGAUGCUUCUCUAUUGGAAAAAGUACGAAAAGGUGGAAAAAGAACAUCGCAAACGAGCUGAGAAAGAGGCACUGGAGCAACGCAAGCUGGAUGAGGAGAUGAGAGAGGCUAAGAGGCAGCAGCGAAAGCUUAACUUCCUGAUUACACAGACUGAAUUGUAUGCCCAUUUUAUGAGUCGUAAACGAGAUAUUGGACAUGAUGGAAUACAGGAGGAAAUCUUACGCAAACUGGAGGACAGCUCUACACAAAGGCAAAUUGAUAUUGGUGGAGGAGUAGUGGUCAACAUCACCCAAGAAGAUUAUGAUAGUAACUAUUACAAGGCCCAAGCUCUGAAGAAUGCUGAGGAUGCUUACCAGAUCCAUCAGGCCCGGACCAGAUCAUUUGAUGAAGAUGCAAAGGAGAGUCGGGCAGCUGCUUUACGGGCUGCUAACAAGUCCGGUACUGGCUUUGGAGAGAGCUACAGUUUAGCAAACCCAUCAAUCCGAGCGGGAGAAGAUAUUCCACAGCCUACUAUUUUCAAUGGGAAACUGAAAGGUUACCAACUGAAAGGAAUGAAUUGGCUGGCCAACCUAUAUGAGCAGGGCAUCAAUGGAAUCUUGGCCGAUGAAAUGGGUCUGGGUAAAACAGUACAAAGUAUUGCUCUCCUUGCACAUCUGGCUGAGAGAGAGAACAUCUGGGGACCUUUUUUAAUAAUUUCACCUGCCUCUACUCUUAACAACUGGCACCAGGAGUUUGCCAGAUUCGUACCUAAGUUUAAGGUGCUACCUUACUGGGGAAAUCCCCAUGACAGAAAGGUGAUCAGGAAGUUCUGGAGUCAGAAGACAUUGUAUACUCAGGAUGCUCCUUUCCACGUGGUGAUUACCAGUUACCAGCUCGUAGUACAGGAUGUGAAGUAUUUCCAGCGAGUGAAGUGGCAGUAUAUGGUGUUGGACGAAGCGCAAGCUCUCAAGAGUAGCUCCAGUGUUCGUUGGAAGAUCCUGCUGCAGUUCCAGUGUCGAAACAGGUUGUUGUUGACUGGGACCCCAAUCCAGAACACGAUGGCUGAGCUGUGGGCCCUGCUGCAUUUUAUCAUGCCAACGCUAUUUGAUUCCCAUGAAGAGUUCAAUGAGUGGUUUUCUAAGGACAUUGAGAGCCAUGCAGAGAACAAAUCUGCCAUUGAUGAGAACCAGUUAUCCCGCUUGCACAUGAUCCUGAAGCCUUUCAUGUUGAGAAGAAUCAAGAAGGAUGUGGAAAAUGAGCUGUCAGAUAAGAUUGAAAUCCUUAUGUACUGCCAGCAGACAAGUCGACAGAAGCUGUUGUACCAGGCUCUGAAAAACAAAAUCUCCAUUGAUGACCUCUUGCAGUCCUCCAUGGGCACUACUCAGCAAGCACAGACCACCACUAGUAGUCUCAUGAAUCUAGUCAUGCAGUUCAGGAAGGUGUGCAAUCACCCAGAGCUGUUCGAGCGACAGGAAACUUGGUCUCCAUUUCACAUCUCCCUAAAGCCAUACCAGAUUUCAAAGUUCAUCUACCGUCAUGGACAGAUCAGGGUCUUUAACCACUCACGGGACAGGUGGUUACGGGUUUUACUUUCGCCAUUUGCACCAGACCACAUCCAGCAGUCUCUCUUCCAUAGGAAGGGCAUCAAUGAAGAAAGCUGUUUUUCUUUCCUCCGGUUUAUUGAUGUCUCUCCAGCGGAAAUGGCAAACCUCAUGAAUCAGGGACAUUUAGCCAGGUGGUUAGCUCUUUUCCUGUCUCUGAAAGCAUCCUACAGGCUCCAUCACAUGCGCUCCUGGAUGGAGACAGAAGGGGAGAAACAGCAGGGCUCGUGUUUUCUGAGCAACAGGGAUUUCUUGCUUGAUGUAAAUUUCCCUAACUUGCACAGCUGCACUUUGCUGCAGAACUUUGUGUUCAGUAGCCACUGUAAAGCAGUUACUGGCUAUUCAGACCAUGUCAUAUAUCGAAGGAGAUCAGCUACCUCAUGUGUACGGUGCUGCCAGGUGACUGAGCUGCCGUCCUUCCUGUGCAUAGCCAGUCCACGGGUAACAGCUGUGCCACUGGAGUUCUACUGCAAUGACCGAAGCGCAGAAUACGAACGCAGGGCACUAAAAGAAGGAGGAAGCCUGGAAGCAAAGCAGUGUGUGCUCAACGGAGCCCCGGAGUUAGCGGCUGACUGGCUGAAGCAAUCCUCCCAGUUCUUCCCAGAGCAUCCAGGAGGGCUAUUAGGGAUCAGGCCUCAGAACGGCUGGUCUUUCAUCAGGAUACCGGACAAAGAGAGUCUUAUCACUGACAGUGGAAAACUUCAUGCUCUUGAUCUUCUGUUGACACGGCUGAAGUCUCAAGGACACCGAGUUCUCAUCUACUCCCAGAUGACACGGAUGAUUGACUUACUUGAGGAAUACAUGGUUUAUAGGAAACAUACCUACAUGAGACUGGAUGGAUCUUCAAAGAUUUCUGAACGAAGGGACAUGGUAGCAGAUUUUCAGAACAGGAAUGAUAUUUUUGUGUUCCUGUUAAGCACAAGAGCUGGAGGCUUGGGCAUUAACCUUACAGCUGCAGAUACGGUAAUUUUCUAUGACAGUGAUUGGAACCCAACAGUAGACCAGCAAGCCAUGGACCGGGCGCACCGGUUGGGUCAAACGAAACAAGUCACUGUGUACCGAUUGAUCUGUAAAGGCACCAUUGAGGAGCGCAUCUUACAAAGGGCUAAGGAAAAGAGUGAGAUCCAACGAAUGGUGAUUUCAGGUGGCAAUUUCAAGCCUGACACCUUGAAGCCCAAAGAGGUGGUCAGCCUUCUGCUGGAUGAUGAGGAACUGGAAAAGAAAUUGCGUCAGCGUCAGGAAGAGAAGCGACAGCAAGAAGAAACAAAUCGUGUGAAGGAACGUAAACGUAAAAGGGAAAAAUACGCUGAAAAGAAGAAAAAGGAGGAUGAAUUGGAUGGGAAGAGAAAGAAAGAGGGCAUGAACCUUGUGAUCCCAUUUGUUCCCUCAGCGGAUAACUCCAACCUGUCUGCCGAUGGGGACGACUCCUUCAUUAGUGUAGACUCUGCCAUGCCCAGCCCCUUCAGUGAGAUAUCCAUUAACAGUGAAUUACACAUGGGCUCUAUCCCCCCUGAUGAGAGCAGCAGUGAUAUGCUCGUGAUUGUGGACGAUCCGGCUUCCUCAGCACCUCAGUCAAGGGCAACGAACUCUCCUGCUUCCAUUACUGGCUCCGUGUCAGAUACCGUGAAUGGUGUUUCAGUGCAAGAUAUGUCUCUCACUGGGAGAGGCCAGUCAAGUCGAAGCCGGGGUCGGCCUAAAGGUUCAGGCGGCGCAACAAAAGGUGGCACUGGGAAAGGCAGGAGCCGGAAAUCCAUAGCGGGAAGCGCGGCCGCGAUGGCAGGAGCCCAAGCCGGGGCAGCGGCAGGCUCCAAAGCCGGGGCAGCGGCAGCCUCCGCAGCGGCGUACGCAGCGUAUGGGUACAAUGUCUCUAAAGGCAUGUCUGCAAGCAGCCCUCUGCAAACAGCAAUUAUUCGGCCUUCCGGACUUGCGGAUUUUGGACCUUCAAGCGCCUCUUCUCCCUUGAGCUCCCCUUUAAGCAAAGGAAACAGUGUUUGUGGGACCCCCAAAAGCUUAAACUUGACCAGCAGUCUCAUAUCAGAAGCUCCGAUGAGGAAGCAAAGCAAAGGUGCCCACACCUCAGGUGGUCGGUAG